GUAUUUUGGAAGAAGAUAACUUGUUUUCUAAUUUCACAGAUUCACAGAUAGAAAUUUUGCCUCAUCCUGGUCCAUAUCCAGAGUCUCAUUUAUACCUGAUUUAGAUAAUUUAUAUGAUGAUGAGAUUUUGGACUUUUGAAUUGAAAAUACAUAAAUGACAGUUGAGACUUGAUUUCAUGCUGCUAUGGGUUGAGACUUUGAGGAUGUUGGGAUUGGGUUAAUGUAUUUUGCAGAUGGGAUGGAUGUGAAUCCUUGGGAACCAGAGGAUGGCCUGUAAUAGGCUGAACAAUUGAACAAUGCCCCUCCUCAAAGAUAUUGCAUCCAAAUUCCUGGAACCUGUAAAUGUUAUCUUACUUACAAGAGAAAAGGGUAUUUGCAAAUAUAAUUAAGUUAAAAAUCUUAAGAUGGAGAGAUUUUUCUGCAUUAUGUGGGUGAGCCCCAAAUGCUAUAAUGAAUGCAUCGUUAAAAGAGAGAGGCAGAGGGAGAUUUAACACAAAGAGAAGAGAGAAGGUGAUGUGAUGACCUCAACAGAAAGAGAGAAAUUUGAAGAUGCUAUGCUCUAUCUUUGAUGAUGGCCAGAGAAGCCAUGAGUGAAGGCGUACAAGAGGGGUCUUGCCACUGAAAAAAAUAAGAAAUGCCAGCAUCCACCAGAAGCCAGAAGAGGCAAGGAAUGGAUUCUCUCCUGGAGCCUCUGAAAAUGAACAUGGACCAUGCAGAGGAGGGCAGGGCUAGCAUUUACAAAUCAGUCUUUUCCAAUUCUUCCAAAGAGAUGAUGUGUUUCCCAGACUUCCCAUUUCCCGAUGACUUCCCCAGCUUUAUGCACAACAGCAAGAUCCAGGAAUAUAUCAUUGCAUUUGCCAAAGAAAAGAACCUCCUGAAGUACAUACAAUUUAAGACAUUUGUAUCCAGUGUAAAUAAACGUCCUGAUUUUGCAACUUCUGGCCAGUGGGAUGUUACCACUGAAAGGGAUGGUAAAAAAGAAUCGGCUGUCUUUGAUGCUGUAAUGGUUUGUUCCGGACAUCAUGUGUAUCCCAACCUACCAAAAGAGUCCUUUCCAGGACUAAACCACUUUAAAGGCAAAUGCUUCCACAGCAGGGACUAUAAAGAACCAGGUGUAUUCAAUGGAAAGCGUGUCCUGGUGGUUGGCCUGGGGAAUUCGGGCUGUGAUAUUGCCACAGAACUCAGCCACACAGCAGAACAGGUCAUGAUCAGCUCCAGAAGUGGCUCCUGGGUGAUGAGCCGGGUCUGGGACAAUGGUUAUCCUUGGGACAUGCUGCUCGUCACUCGAUUUGGAACCUUCCUCAAGAACAAUUUACCAACAGCCAUCUCUGACUGGUUGUACGUGAAGCAGAUGAAUGCAAGAUUCAAGCAUGAAAACUAUGGCUUGAUGCCUUUAAAUGGAGUCCUGAGGAAAGAGCCUGUAUUUAAUGAUGAGCUCCCAGCAUGCAUUCUGUGUGGCAUUGUGUCCGUAAAGCCUAACGUGAAGGAAUUCACAGAGACCUCGGCCAUUUUUGAGGAUGGGACCAUAUUUGAGGGCAUUGACUGUGUAAUCUUUGCAACAGGGUAUAGUUUUGCCUACCCCUUCCUUGAUGAGUCUAUCAUCAAAAGCAGAAACAAUGAGAUCAUUUUAUUUAAAGGAGUAUUUCCUCCUCUACUUGAGAAGUCAACCAUAGCAGUGAUUGGCUUUGUCCAGUCCCUUGGGGCUGCCAUUCCCACAGCUGACCUCCAGUCCCGCUGGGCAGCACAAGUAAUAAAGGGAACUUGUACUUUGCCUUCUAUGGAAGACAUGAUGAAUGAUAUUAAUGAGAAAAUGGAGAAAAAGCGCAAAUGGUUUGGCAAAAGCGAGACCAUACAGACAGAUUACAUUGUUUAUAUGGAUGAACUCUCCUCCUUCAUUGGGGCAAAGCCCAACAUCCCAUGGCUGUUUCUCACAGAUCCCAAAUUGGCCAUGGAAGUUUAUUUUGGCCCUUGUAGUCCCUACCAGUUUAGGCUGGUGGGCCCAGGGCAGUGGCCAGGAGCCAGAAAUGCCAUCCUGACCCAGUGGGACCGGUCGUUGAAACCCAUGCAGACACGAGUGGUCGGGAGACUUCAGAAGCCUUGCUUCUUUUUCCAUUGGCUGCAGCUCUUUGCAAUUCCUAUUCUGUUAAUUGCUGUUUUCCUUGUGUUGACCUAAUCAUCAUUUUCUCUAGGAUUUCUGAAAGUUACUGACAAUACCCAGACAGGGGCUUUGCUAUUUAAAAAUUAAAAUUUUCACACCACCUGCUUUUCUAUUCAGCAUCUUUUGCAGUACUCUAUAGACAUUAGUCAGUAACACAGUGUUAUUUCUAGGCUCUGAAAUAGCCACUUUAAGAAUCAUGUCAUGAUCUUAAGAGAGCACUAAUCAUUUCUGUUUGGGUUCCACUAACACUUCAAAAUCAGAACUAUGUUCUUUAUAUCUAACUUAAAUCAUUUCCUGAAACAUUUUGACAUGAUUCCUUUUUCCUUUUAAACAAUGUAUGAAAGAUGUAUUUUAAAUCUAAAUAAAGAGCAAAUUAAGCAGAAUAA